AUGGCCGAGGCGGGAGGACUCAGCCACCGGGAGAGCGGCCGCCGCGCAGGGGAGGCGCCGCCGCCGAGAAGCUGCCGCCGCGGCGCUCUCGGGGGGACGGGACGGCGGCCACCACCCGGCGGGCGCCGGAGCCGCUGGAGCCGCGGCCGCAGGGGCCGCAGGGGCCGCAGGGUGCGCGGUCGCCGCCCCCUCUGCCCGCGGUUCCGGGGGCCUGAGUCUCCUCAGGCCGGGACAGGACCGAGUGGCGGGGCUCCGAACCCGUCUGUUCCCCCGGCGGGGACUCCCGCUGGACCCGCUGCCCCGACUGCGGACAGAGGGGACUGGACGCACCGCCUCCUUUCCCCGGGCCGCGAGCUUCCUGGUCACCACAGUCCCUGCCACCUCUUCCAAAUGCUCCAGGACUACGCACUUCUACAAGUGAGGUUAGAAAAAUAUCAAGACAGAAUUAUGGAUACAUCAGAGGAGCAAUGA